AGACCCAGCCCCACUCGGGGGCGCCUCCCGCGGCCGGGGCGCAUGACCAGCGGCCGCCGGCGGCCGCCCGCGGCCGGCGGGCGCGCGGCGGCUCGCCAUGCUGUGGAACAGGCAGCCAGCCGUCAUGGCCGCGAGCGUCGUCUUGGACGGCGGAGAGGUGCACGAGUUUCUUCAGAGUAUCGGCCUCCCGAAGUAUGCUCCGACGCUGCUGGAACGUGGCUUCAACAGGAUGGAGGGGCUGAUGUCGAUGACCGAGGCGGACAUGCGCUACACUUGCGGCAUGCCGCUGGGGCACGUGCGGAAGCUGCAGCGGGCGCUGGAGGAGCUCGCCGCCACCACCGGCGCGGCCCCCGCGGUGGCGGGCCGCAAGAUGCGGCCCAUGUCCGCAGUGGAGAGGGCCGCGGCAAGGGAGCUCAUCGACUUCAUCGUCGAUGCGAAACUCACGGUUAUGAGCCCGAAGCAGGUGGAGCGGUUGUGCACGAUCGUCGAGAUCCAGGGUGACAGGGUGAAGGUCCACUACGACGGCUUCGACACUUUUCACGACGAGUGGCUGCCGAAGGACUCUCAGCGCAUCGUCGACCAGCCGGACGCUCCAGGGAAGGUCAACGUGGUUCCGCCAGCGGGGAUCGUUCCUCUCGCCGAGCCGCGCCUGAGUCACGACCCGGUCGUGGAAGCCGCCAUGCGGGCUGCCAGCGCCACGAACACCCCGCACGUGCUCGCCGCCGUCGACGUCGCGAGAGAGCCAGGCCAGCCGCGCUCGUACAGCAGUCUCCUCGCGGAGAAGCUCAAGCGGAGCGCCCUGGAGGAGAUGGACCCAGAGCGCCAGGCCAGAGCCGCCGCGCCCGGCGCGGCCGUGCCCGCGCAGCCGAGCGCGGUGACGCUGCCCAGCAUGGUGACCCCGCCGAACCAGGCGGCCCUGCCUGGCGCGGCGCCGCCGCCGCCUCCCCUCGGCCAGGCGCUGGUGUGGCAGACGGCGCCCAGCGCCAGCCCGCCGGCGGCCCCGGCCGAGGAGCCCGACAGCCGCCGGGGAACCGACUCCAGUGCCAUCGCGCAGAUGCUGAAGAGGGCCACCAGCACGCUGACGGCCGCAGCGGCGACCGCCAGCGUCCCGGUGGUGCCCGCCGCUGCCCGCGGCAGGAACUCGGGGGACUUCCCAGAGCCCGCCGCGGCCCCGCCGCCCGCGCAGCCGCAGCCUGCGGCACCAGUGGAGGAGCCCCCCGCGCCAGAGCAGGCGCCCUCCGCGGCGGCGCUGGAAGCCACCGCGGGCGGGCCACGGGACGCAGCGGCCCCCGCCGCGUCUUCGGGAGCGGGCAGGAGACGAGACGACCGCCGGGACGGCGCCAGCGGCCGGAGAGGAGGAGGCUCCGCGAGCCCGAGGAGGCGAAGCCGCAGCAGGGCCCGGCGGCGGCGGAGCUCUGGCCGCGGUCGCAGCCGCAGCCGCAGGCGCAGCCGGAACCGCAGCCCACCCAGGCGGGGCGGCGAGAGUCCGGCGCCGAAGCGGGGCGGCGACCGCUCCUCGCGCUGGGGCGAGCCUGCGGCUCAGGGCAGGCCCGCGGAGGAGGCCGCCCUGGCCGCGGGCGCGUCGGAGAGCAAGGAGGAUGCCAAGACCAGGAGUGGCGUCUUGGCGGUGCCGGUGGGCGCCCACCAGGCGGCCGGCUUCAGCACGCCCAGCGCGGUCCCGCCCGCGGUGCAGCCAAAGGUGAUUACUGGGGCGAACGGUGGAUUCAAGCGCAUUCCAGUUCCCUCCAGCCUGAUCAAGCCACUGCUGGGCCAUGGUGGUGCCCAUAUCACAGCCAUACGGCGGCAGAACCCGUUUGCGAACAUCAAGGUCGACCACACUCCCGGCAGCGAUUCUGGCGCGCUCACCAUCACGGGCAGGCCAGACCACGUGACGCAGGCAGAGCAGGCCAUAUGGCAGACACUGGCCAAGACGGCGCCCGCUCAGGCGCUAAUACCCAUGGGAAUCACGCCGGCACCGCAGUGAGCUGGCGCUGCUGCCCCCGAUCUCCGUCGUCUCGAGCGGUCGCCCGAUCGUUCCAGACUGUUGAA